GUCUAUAAACGUCAAUGACAGUUACACGAAUGGUGCUGGAGAAGGCGUUUUCCUGACCGCCGGGACACGCGGGUGUUUGCCGAACAGAUGUGGAGGAUUAUAAUCUUAACAAACAAGACACGAUAAUACGCUCUUGUUACAAACCGCCCCGUGGACUACACGUGGUUUUUUUCUUUCUUUUCUUUCUAUUUUUCUUUUGCUCCCGUUUUUCAUUGAUAAAUAAAUAAUUAAAAUGUAUCAAAGCAACUGUGACAUUUACUAGUGUAGUGUGUCUUUGAAGUAGAAUUAUAAAUGUUAAGACAGCUGUUAUUUGCAAUUGGUAAAUGCUGGAAACCCCUCAUCCCUGCGUCACAGAGCUGGCCCCGCCCACAGCACUAUAUCUACAAUGAGGGCUAUCUCCAGUCCUCACUUUUACCCGUUUAUUAACCAGUCUCAGUGACUAACCCCGCAGUCACACUGAGCACCAGCAGAGGUGUAUCUUCUGAACAAAAUUAGCCGAAUGCACGCAAGGAAGGAACGUUAAUUAUCCCUUCUUAAUUUACAUCCAAGUGAAGGGCUAUUAAAACUGUCGACAAAUAUCGGAUUCCAAAAUGAUAUUUAAUAGCACAACAUAGUGAGUGUGGCUUACUGAACCCGGUGAAUAUCGCCACGGAUCUCAGGUAAAGGACCGCAAAUCGACAAGGAUGGGACUAUUUAAUGUCGACCUUGUGCUGCUGACACUACUGACCAUCACGGUUGUUUUGUUCUACAGACAUCUCAAAACGAUAUAUUCUGUAUUCACCAAACUCCACGUGCCAGGGCCGACCCCGAAAUGGAUUUUUGGGAAUAUUGGUGACUUUAAAGACAAGUUUCCUCUCGAAGUGUUUAAAGAAUGGAGGAAGAAAUACGGCGAUGUGUACGGGUUUUUUGAGGGAUUCAGACCAAGCAUAGUGAUCAGCGAUCCCGAAAUGGCGAAGCAAGUCCUUGUCAAGCACUUUGAUAAAUUCCACGUGCGACCGAUUUACAAUCCGUUUGUAUAUUACCCCGAUAACCUGAGCCUGCUGAACACUAGCGGUGAGAUUUGGCGGAAACAACGAUCCGUUGUCGCCUCAGCCUUCAAGUCCAUUAAUACGGCUCAUGUUGUGAAAUGUUUAAACAGAUCCGCGGAUAAUUUAGUGAAAAAAUUGGAGGAAAGUGCGGCCCACUCCGACAGCGGGUUCGAUAUCACAAGCUUGGUAGACAGGUUCUCCGUAGACGCUUUCGCCUAUGCAGCCUUCAACUACAAUGUGAACAGCCUAGAAGAUGAAGGCGCCACCUUGUUCCGCUAUAUGAGGGCGUUCAACCUCUCCUCGUCGGCUGAUAACCCAUUGACAGGCUUGGCCCGGGUUUAUGAUAGCCUAAUCCCAUUCCUUAAGCUGUUUGACAAAGAACACGCCGUUCUGCAUGAACUUCAUGUAAAGGAAAUCAGAAACUGUAUCCAACAAGAGAGAGUACGGGUAUGUAUCACUGAAAGACUAACUCGCUGUAUCCCCGCCUGUAUCACUGAAAGACUAACUCGCUGUAUCCCCGCCUGUAUCACUGAAAGACUAACUCGCUGUAUCCCCGCCUGUAUCACUGAAAGACUAACUCGCUGUAUCCCCGCCUGUAUCACUGAAAGACUAACUCGCUGUAUCCCCGCCUGUAUCACUGAAAGACUAACUCGCUGUAUCCCUGCCUGUAUCACUGAAAGACUAACUCGCUGUAUCCCUGCCUGUAUCACUGAAAGACUAACUCGCUGUAUCCCCGCCUGUAUCACUGAAAGACUAACUCGCUGUAUCCCCGCCUGUAUCACUGAAAGACUAACUCGCUGUAUCCCUGCCUGUAUCACUGAAAGACUAACUCGCUGUAUCCCUGCCUGUAUCACUGAAAGACUAACUCGCUGUAUCCCUGCCUGUAUCACUGAAAGACUAACUCGCUGUAUCCCCGCCUGUAUCACUGAAAGACUAACUCGCUGUAUCCCUGCCUGUAUCACUGAAAGACUAACUCGCUGUAUCCCUGCCUGUAUCACUGAAAGACUAACUCGCUGUAUCCCUGCCUGUAUCACUGAAAGACUAACUCGCUGUAUCCCUGCCUGUAUCACUGAAAGACUAACUCGCUGUAUCCCUGCCUGUAUCACUGAAAGACUAACUCGCUGUAUCCCUGCCUGUAUCACUGAAAGACUAACUCGCUGUAUCCCUGCCUGUAUCACUGAAAGACUAACUCGCUGUAUCCCUGCCUGUAUCACUGAAAGACUAACUCGCUGUAUCCCCGCCUGUAUCACUGAAAGACUAACUCGCUGUAUCCCUGCCUGUAUCACUGAAAGACUAACUCGCUGUAUCCCUGCCUGUAUCACUGAAAGACUAACUCGCUGUAUCCCUGCCUGUAUCACUGAAAGACUAACUCGCUGUAUCCCCGCCUGUAUCACUGAAAGACUAACUCGCUGUAUCCCUGCCUGUAUCACUGAAAGACUAACUCGCUGUAUCCCCGCCUGUAUCACUGAAAGACUAACUCGCUGUAUCCCUGCCUGUAUCACUGAAAGACUAACUCGCUGUAUCCCUGCCUGUAUCACUGAAAGACUAACUCGCUGUAUCCCCGCCUGUAUCACUGAAAGACUAACUCGCUGUAUCCCUGCCUGUAUCACUGAAAGACUAACUCGCUGUAUCCCUGCCUGUAUCACUGAAAGACUAACUCGCUGUAUCCCCGCCUGUAUCACUGAAAGACUAACUCGCUGUAUCCCUGCCUGUAUCACUGAAAGACUAACUCGCUGUAUCCCUGCCUGUAUCACUGAAAGACUAACUCGCUGUAUCCCCGCCUGUAUCACUGAAAGACUAACUCGCUGUAUCCCUGCCUGUAUCACUGAAAGACUAACUCGCUGUAUCCCCGCCUGUAUCACUGAAAGACUAACUCGCUGUAUCCCUGCCUGUAUCACUGAAAGACUAACUCGCUGUAUCCCUGCCUGUAUCACUGAAAGACUAACUCGCUGUAUCCCCGCCUGUAUCACUGAAAGACUAACUCGCUGUAUCCCUGCCUGUAUCACUGAAAGACUAACUCGCUGUAUCCCUGCCUUUUCUAAAACGUCGCCUUCUUCUAAUUCUAGUGAUAUCACUGCGUGUUCUAAGACGUCACCCUUUGUAAUUCUAGUAAUAUAUGCAUAUUCUAAGACGGCGCCCUUUGUAAUUCUGGUAAUAUAUGCCUAUUCUGAGACGUCACGCUUUGUAAUUCUAGUAAUAUAUGCCUAUUCUAUGACGUCACCCUUUGUAAUUCUAGUAAUAUAUGCCUAUUCUAAGACGGCGCCCUUUGUAAUUCUAGUAAUAUAUGCCUAUUCUAUGACGUCACCCUUUGUAAUUCUAGUAAUAUAUGCCUAUUCUAUGACGUCACCCUUUGUAAUUCUAGUAAUAUAUGCCUAUUCUAUGACGUCACCCUUUGUAAUUCUAGUAAUACAAUGUAUAUGCCUAUUCUAUGACGUCACCCUUGGUAAUUGCCUAUUCUAAGACGUCAAUCUCUUAUAUGUCUAGUGAUAUCUGCCUGCUUAAAGACAUCGCCCUUUGUAAA